AAAAUGGCAACCAAUAAAAAGGAGAAAGACUCAGAGAGAGGAGCUCCUAAAUGGUGGAAGGAAGGCCUCAUUGGAUUGUGCGCAGGCUCUUUGUUUGGAGCAACCAGUGUAGCCAUAGGCCAGCCCUUUGACACUAUCAAGACUAAAAUGCAAACCCAAACAGGUUAUCAAAACAAGACUAUGCUCCAGACUGUAAGAGCAACCCUUAGAUCUCAAGGACUGCUGGGGUUUUACAGAGGCUCCCCGUUCCCUUUCUUUGGCUCCACCUUCUACCGUUCGGCUCAAUUUGGUGCUUACGAGUCUAUAUACAGCUAUCUUGAAAGCAACUAUGGUAAAAGCAACAGACUGUUCAAAGAAUACAGAUUGCAUGCAUUGCUGGGAGGGCUAGGAGGUGCAACUGCUCGAGCUGUUAUCGAGACACCACUAGAAUAUGCUAAAAUAAGACUACAGACCCAAAGAGACUGGAAACUCAGAGACGUAUAUAAAGGCUUUGGGAUCACGUGGCUACGAACAACAGUCUUUCUCAGCUCUUUCUUUUAUCUAAGAGAAACAGCAAAGACACGAUACCCUGAAAAGCUAUCACAUCCUAUCAUAGGACCUUUCCUUUUAGGUGGAGUAGUGGCUACUUUUGCAUGGUGGGUUGUAUGGCCACUAGAACUAAUGAAGUCUCAGAUCCAAGGCUCUUACGUGGGACAUGAAAGUCUGUCGGUUCUGCAGAGGAUGAGAUUAGUAGUGUCUGAGAGAGGACUGGCUGGUUUGUAUCGCGGAGUACUUUCUGGGACUCUACGGAGUUUCUUUGCUAAUGGGAUUGGUUUGAUUGUGUAUGAGUAUGUGCAAAGACGUUUUUCAAAUUGGAACUAGCUUGUUUGCAAAAUGGAAAUUUCUGUAAUAAUUUUACUCUCUUUUUUUGGACAAUAAAAAAGAUUAUAUAUCAACACAA